AUUGAUUCUACAAUGGGCUCCAUCAGUGCAGCAAAUGCAGAAUUCUCCUUUGAUGUAUUCAAAGAGCUGAAAGUCCACCAUGCCAAUGACAACAUCUUCUAUUCCCCCCUAAGCAUCAUUGCAGCUUUGGCCAUGGUUUAUCUGGGAGCAAGAGGUAACACUGAGGAUCAGAUGGAGAAGGUUCUUCACUUUGACAAAAUUGCAGGACUUGGUGGAACUAUUCAGGCGAAGUGUGGCAAGUCCAUGAACAUACACAUACUGUUUAAAGAACUCCUGUCUGAUAUCAGUGCACCAAAAGGCAAUUAUUCACUCCGCAUUGCCAACAGACUCUAUGCUGAAAAGACAUCCCCAAUCCUACCGAUCUACUUAAAAUGUGUGAAGAAACUGUAUAGAGCAGGCCUGGAAACGGUCAACUUCAAAACAGCACCAGAUCAAGCAAGAAGGCUCAUUAAUUCCUGGGUGAAAAAUCAGACAAACGGGCAGAUCCAAGAUUUCCUUGAACCAGGCUCUGUUGAUCUCAACACUGUGCUAGUCCUUGUGAAUGCUGUUUACUUCAAAGGGAUUUGGAAGACAGAGUUUAAAGAAGAACACACUCGGGAAAUGCCCUUCAGUGUGACAGAGCAAGAAAGCAGGCCUGUCCAAAUGAUGUAUCAGAACGGUACCUUCAAAGUGGCAGUAGUGGCUGCAGAGAAACUGAAGAUCCUGGAGCUUCCGUAUGCCAGUGGGGAGCUGAGCAUGUUGGUGCUGUUGCCUGAUGAUGUCUCUGGCCUGGAGCAGCUUGAGAAUGAAAUCAGCUUUGAAAAACUUACUGAGUGGACCAGUCCCAAUGUGAUGGAAAAGAAGAGAGUGAAAGUGUACCUCCCACGCAUGAAGAUUGAGGAAAAAUAUAAUCUCACAUCUGUCUUAGAGGCCUUGGGGUUGACUGACCUGUUCAGCCCUCUAGCCAAUCUGUCUGGUAUCUCUAUAACAGAGAGCCUGAAGAUAUCUGAGGCCAUCCAUGAAGCAUACAUGGAAGUCAAUGAAGAGGGUACUGAGAUAUCAGGCUCAGCAGGUGUGAUGGGAGUCAUCAAACACUCCUCUGAGUUUGAAGAGGUUAGGGCUGACCACCCAUUCCUUUUCUUGAUCAAACACAACCCAACCAACAGCAUCCUCUUCUUUGGUAGAUAUCGUUCCCCCUAA